AUGGAGGCUGCGACGGGAGGCUCCUCGUCGCUAGCGCCCAUCUCUGGAGGGACAGUGCCAAACGUCGUCGUCGGCCAAGGUAAUACCAUUGUCGGUGGAACAAUAAUUGGGGGAGACCAUAACGUGCAUAUCAAUAACAUCUACCCCAAUGCCGCCCCUUCCAACUCGUCUGAAGCUCGUCGUGAGUCCUUGACUAUCCUCGUCAUUUCUACCCUCCUUACCGUCCGGACCUGCCUAGACGCUCUGAUAUCUGACAUUACCGCCUGGUUCAAUCUCAAGUCGAACUCGAGAACGAUCCACAACGAUGUGAGGAAGAAUCGGAUACCUGAGACCGGAGACUGGUUCAUCAAAAGCAAGGAGUAUCAAGAUUGGAAAGGCAGAAAGGGCGCUGUCCUUUGUGGUACUGGCAUGCAACAGACAAUCUGCGUCCUCUUCGUCUACAACCGCUACGACGACCUUCUUUCGCUCGGUGACAUUUUCAAGGGUUUCAUUCUGCAAAUCAUCCAGCGUCAUCAGCAUCUUGCAGACCUCGUCGAGCCUCUUUACCGACGUCACGAGCUCGAAAAGACCAACCCAACCGACGACGAUCUUCUCGAUUUGCUCAUCACACUGGAAAGUCACUUCGAUCGCAUUUACUACGUUGUUGACGGCGUCGACGAAGUCGAUCGCGAACGUCAGUUUGAUCUGAUCCAGGCGUUGAAGCGGCUGCAGGGGAAUGUCAUCUUUGCCUCUCGCCCCUUGGAGGACCUCAGGACAGAACUAGAAAAUGCCCGAUAUCUGUCGUUCCUGGCGCAGGAUGGAGACCUGCGGCUACUUAUCGAUGAAAGGCUGAAACGACACAAGGCGCUGUGCCGCAUUUUGGAGCGGAAUCACUACCGAGAGGAGGCCACUAGACAAAUAGCGGAGAAGGCAGCUGGAAUGGAUGUGCGCAGGUUCCUCCAUGCGGCUCUGCAGAUCGAAGCCCUCUGCACUUGUCGGUCGCUGGCUGCAGUUCAAGAAAGUCUCAACCAAUUUCCUGUAGGAUUGGAAGGGAUGUACGCUGCCAGUAUCUCCAGGAUCGAAAGCCAGGACCCGAAAGACGUCUGGAUUGCGAAACAGGCCCUACUUUGGGUUGUAUUCGCUCGCACACCGCUGUCGUUGCACGACCUGCGGGCAGCCCUCGGCGCUCACCCCGAAACGUUCAGCAUCCAAGAAUCGCGUAUGCCCGACGAAGAAUCGAUCAUCGACCUUUGCUGUGGUCUGCUCGAGGUUCACAGCGAAAGUGAUAUUGUUCGGCUCGUUCAUUUCACAGCUAAAGACGCACUCGAACCCCUCCUCCUCAGGGACUUUCCCCAGCCCCAUCUCUUCAUUAGUCAAGUCUUGGUUCAGCGGAUGGUCGACACCAAUUUAGUGUGUUGGGACAGCACUGAUGAGUAUGCCUUUGAUCAGUUCAAAAUGCGCCAUCCGCUUCUGGAUUACUCCUACGACCACUGGCACACCCAUAUUCUGGAGUGCGGAGAUUCACCCGAAGCGCUUGACUGUGCGAUGACAUUUCUACGGCAGUGUACCGCCUUUCCGGCCUCGGUCGAUCAUUACUGGUGGCACAUCGGCCUUUUGCAACCACUCCACGUCGCGGCUCGCUACGGUCUUACGUUCUACUUGGACAGCACCUUCGACAACGAUCGCGAUGCGUUUAACGCCCGGACAAGCCCACAAGCAACCCAGUCCGACGCUUCGACCCAGCACGCCCACGCUGCGCCAAUCAAUGCAACUACCGAAGAGGGUGACACCGCGCUGCUCAUCGCUUCGGUUUUUGGCCAUCUCGAUUUCGUGAAACGAAUUCUUCGAAUGCCGGACAUUGACAUCAACGUGAGGCGUGAACGCAAUGGCGAGACUGCACUGCAUUGUGCGUCAGGCUCUGGGUGCACCGAAAUGGUCAGGGCGCUCCUCCAGGUCCCUGGCAUCGAUGCCAACGCUGCAAACCAGCGCGGGGAAACUGCCCUGAUGCUGCCCUCGAAAUACGGCCACGACCUAGUGGUUAGCCAGCUCCUCCAGGUCCCCGGCAUCGAUGCCAACGCUGCAGACGAGGGCGGACGGACUGCACUCAUGUUCGCCUCAGAGCGAGGCCACGACGGAGUUGUGAGCCAGCUGGUCCAGGUCCCUGGGAUCGAUGCCAAUGCUGCAGACGGGGGCGGAAAGACUGCACUAAUGUUCGCCUCAGAGAAAGGCCACGACGGAGUGGUGAGCCAGCUCCUCCAGGUCCCCGGCAUCGAUGCCAACGCUGCAGACGAGGGCGGAUGGACUGCACUGAUGCUCGCCUCGCUGUCACGGCCGCCCUGCGACGGAGUGGUGCGGCAGCUCCUCCAGGUCCCCGGCAUCGAUGCCAACGCUGCAAACCAGCGCGGGGAAACUGCCCUGAUGCUGGCCUCGAAAUACGGCCACGACCUAGUGGUUAGCCAGCUGGUCCAGGUCCCUGGGAUCGAUGCCAACGCUGCAAACCAGCGCGGGGAAACUGCCCUGAUGCUGGUCUCGGAGGUGGGCUGCGAUAGAGUUGUGAGCCAGCUGGUCCAGGUCCCUGGGAUCGAUGCCAAUGCUGCAGACGGGGGCGGAAAGACUGCACUGAUGCUCGCCUCACGUAAUUGCUGCGCCGGGGUGGUGAGCCAGCUGGUCCAGGUCCCUGGCAUCGAUGCCAACGCUGCAGACGAGGGCGGACGGACUGCGCUGAUGCUUGCCUCACGGUGGGGCUACGAUGGAGUGGUGAGCCAGCUCCUCCAAGCUCCGAACGUGAAUAUCGACAGUGUGGACACGGAUGACUGGACAGUACUGAUGCAUGCCGCAUGUUACGGCCUCGACAGAGUGACAAGUCACCUCAUCUCCAUCCCCGGUGUCAAUGUCAAUGCUGCGAACACUUUCGGGUGGACGCCACUCAUGAUAGCCUCAUUCUGGGGCCACGAUCGAGUGGUCGACCAACUGCUCCUGGCUCGGGGAGUCAAUGUCGACGCCGUGAACAACGAAGGAUGGACCGCACUGAUGGCAGCCUCGUUUUACGGACACACGACAGUGGUAAAGAAGCUCCUCCAAGUCCGCGAAGCCAAUGUCAACAUCCACAACAUCCGCAAUUCGACCCCGCUCACACUAGCGUCGGAAAAGGGCCACGCGGACAUUGUCCAACUGUUGCUCGAACAUGGCGCCGACGUCACGAAGGCGUGGUAA